UCAACUUUCAUGCUGGGAGCAACAAUGCAAUCAUGGAUACUCUCCACAAAGCGUUCUUCUCGAUCUUUAUGAUCACAUGGGGUAUUCUCAUAAUCGUCAACAUUGCUAGCAUUUGUGGCAGGACAGCAAGGACAUUUGCGCGGCUUCGCUUCUGGUCAAUUAUUCCAACUUGCAUUUACGGCCCUCUUGUCGUGCUCAAUCCAUGGUGGCGGCUGGGACACUUGGAUAGAGGACGUCAAUUCCUGGGCAUUUGGUUGGCAUUAUGGCCUAUUCUCAGUUCAAUAAUUGCGACAACACGAAAAAGCAGAGGAUCGAUGGGAGAAUGGAGCUCUUGCCAACGAAGUCGCGGGUGUUUUUAUAUACUAUGCGUCGACUGGGCAAUCAUUCUGUUCUCAAUUGUGGAAGUCUGCCGGAAUCCGAUUCCUACGGGAUCGAAAGACUGGACAUUUGGAGCGAGUCUGGGGAAAAUUAUGACCAUGUUCACGAUAAUCCUUCUUGCUGGCCAAGAUGUGUUGCUAUUCCCCAUCGCCGCGUUUCCUCGCUUCAUCAGCGUUCCAGCAAUCGUCCUCAGACGAUGCUUCCUACCGAUACAGCACAAGCCGGUCAAGAGAUGGCCACACGACAUCAAUAGACUGUUGUCACAGAAGCCUCGAGGUCAAGAGAGGUCCUUGGCAAUUAUGCUACAAAACGACAAUAUCGCUGAGCGAGUCGCAAGCCGCCUUCACUAUGAUGACAUGGUGAACCUAUCGCUCACAUCCAAGUUGAUACGCACCGCUGUAUUCUAUCCGUCGAUGGACCCAAACUCUCGCCAGGACCGGAUAGAGUCGGUAUGCGUAGCGUCCUGUUUCAAGGGUAAGAAGAGCGAAUGUUGGUCAUGCGAACGUGUGAUCUGCGACGCCUGCAAAGCCUCAAAACAACGAAUUCGGUCUUCACGUAUAAAAGACCACUUUAUGCACUGCUACGCCGUCUGCACAUACUGCUACCUCGUCACCGCGCCCGGCGGCGCGGCACCCUUUUAUGCGAAGUGGAACAUGCAAGAUCUCGAAAUGCAGCAUAUCAAUUGCUGUACUUUCCGCGAGCCACAAUGGGAAGAUGGUGGUGGACACUUGUGUCGCUAUUGUAUCAGGCUCGAUGGGGAGAAACUCACGGAGAUGAAGGAGAAGAGAGAUGAGUUUUAUCUGAGUAGAACUUUGCCGAGGAAUGUUGAUUGCGCGAUAUGUAUGUGGCCUGUAGGGAGAAGGGCUACUCGCUGGUGGUUUUGUGGGAAGGGAAGACAUGAGUGUCAUUGGGCGGGACAUCAUACGUAG